AUGACGGUGCUGACCGUGCAGAUCGGGCAAUGCGGCAACCAGCUGGGUCAUGCAUUCCUCGACACGAUCUUCAAGCAUGUCAGUUCGGCAAAGAACGAAGGCUUCCGAGAGAAGCUGGCGGACAUGUACUUCGAAGAGGAGUGGCAGUAUGGAAACAACCUCCUACCAGUGAUCCAGUAUGCAGAUGACAACAAAGGUAGGAAGUCGCUCCUAAGCGAAAGCAACGAGGUGAUGUGUUUGAAUAAUUGCAUAGCGAGGUCCAUCCUUAUCGAUAUGGAGCCGAAGGUUAUUGAAAAGUGCCUGUACCAGACGGCCGCGGAGGAGAGGAGAGAUCCCCUGGACAACAGUACGAAUGUGAACAGGUCGAAGAAUAAAAAGAAGAAACCUCAUGGAAGUACCGAAGAUUCGGAAGCACAGCAUAAGUAUGUAUGCGGAAUGGAGGAAUACUACGAACCUUCAAACAACUUGGUGAAGGUGUUCUCCAGGGGGGACGACGAUGCAGAGGAGGAAGAAGUCAUCUCCUCCCCGUCGACAGGGAAGCCUCAAAGGAAGAGGAACAGCAAAAGGGAGUACCCAAUAAACACGUGGAAGUACAACAAAAGGAACUUCAUUUACGGCCUGAACGGGUCAGGUAAUAAUUGGUCCUACGGAUUUAACGUGCAUGCAAAAAACAUAUGCGAGGAUUUUCUCAAUUUGGUACAAAAGACAAUGGAAAGUAAUGACAGCAAAGAAGGAGUAGACAACAUUAUCCUCUUUCAUAGUUUAGCUGGAGGAAGUGGAAGUGGAAUAAGUUCCUACCUGUCAUAUCUACUAAAGGAUGAAUACUCCUCAGUCAACCUGAUCAAUGUGUGUGUUUUGCCAUACAUGUUUGGGGAGAUCAGUGUGCAAAGCUUAAAUUCAGUGCUCUGCUUAUCAUCCCUGUAUGACUCGUCCGAUGGGAUUAUCCUUUUGGAAAAUGAGAAGUUUGAGUUAAUGUGCAAGAGGAUGAGUAAUGAAAAUAUUAACACUGACGAAAUAAACAAACACAUAAGUCGUUUCCUGACUUACACCCUUGGGUUGCCUCUGGACUUUGCCAACGUGAGAGGUUGUGGCGGGUCCAAGUAUACCAAUGCUAUGAACUCCAUCCUGGCUGACCUUUGUAGCCACCCCAGUUAUAAAUUCCUUACGACGCGAUAUCUUCCACAAGUCUUCGAGGAAAAUAUGAAGUUUGAACAGAACACCUUCAGUAUGCUUCUUAAGCGCAUGCACAAGAUGGUUAUAAAUGGACGCAUCGUCGAUUAUGAUGGGCCGAACGGGGGGGGAACACUCAGCGGUGGUAGCGGUGGUGGCGGUGGCCGUUACGUCCCCACGGAGAACUCCACGGUCGACCCGUACUUCGUCCGACUGUCCUCCAGGGACCUGCACAAAAGUUGCGCCUUUUUAAAGCGUGUGCACAUCCCCCUACAUCUGCGUGAAUCCCUCAGCAAGUCCUACAUCAGCGUCCAGCAGAAUUGCGUCCUCCUCCGUAGGGGCCCGAAGAGUUAUUCGGCGCGUACUCAGGGGGCUCGCCCUCCCCAAGAAUCCACACGUGGAGGAGUCCCCCCCAAUCGUAUGCACCAGGGAAGUGUACCCGCAGAAGGGCCAUUAGCUAGCACCCACUUUCGACAUAAUAAUGUAGUGUUUGGCUCCAAAAUGAUUCUUCGUGGAGAGCUCCAAGAAAACAUUAACUUCGAUUUGUUUAAGAAUCACGUGUUGUAUAACCAUAGGUCUCUCAGCCCGAUGGAGGUCUACAUUGAUGAAAGCAGGGACUUUACCUAUAACAGCUUGGCGAUGGUAUCGAAUUGCUUAACCCCUGUACCUACACUGAAGAAGAUUUUACAACAUGCGAAGAUGCUCUACGGUACUAAUGCGUAUAUGUACCAGUACAACAGCUACGGUGUGUCUCAUGACCACGUGCAGAGCUCACUGAUUGCGAUGGAUCAGGUGAUCAGCGCGUACGAGGGGCUCUCCUGCGAGGUGUAG